AACAUCUUGAUUUACUACAAACUUGCAUUUUCAACAACAUUGCACUAUAUAAGUUGAUCAAGUCGACGUUUCCUGACAUUUUACUUAGACGAUUAAGAUAGAGAGGUACCUUAUAUUCGUAAGGUAUUAAUUAAUCUUUCAGAAUAAGAAAAAAAAACCUCUUUAGUCAUCCAUUUCGAAUUACAAGAAGGACACUGCAAAAGAUGUCUCACUGUCACGAUGAACAUGCCGGCCAUGGCAGCCACGGCGAUGACCAUGGCCAUGAGCACGACCAUACCGAUGACAUCACACCUGCUCUGCAUCACAACCUGUAUCAGCAUAUCAAUUUCGACAAAAUCGUCACAUAUAACGAGGCCGAGGCGGGUUCUGGCAGGGCCAUCGUGGAGAAACCGUGGACUGAGCGUUUGCAACCUUCUCCGGAGCUGGUGAGCCACUCGGAUGAGCAACUGCUCAUGACCAUCCCAUUCACGGGGCAGGUAAAGCUGCACUCGAUCCUGAUCCGGACCUCAGCAACAGCCAGCGCGCCGCGCACGCUGAAGCUGUUCACGAACCGGGACGACCUGGACUUCGACAGCGCCGAGGUGCGCCCGCCGACGCAGGUGCUGGAGCUGUCGCAGACCAACGAGCUGCAGGAGGUCCCCGUGCGCCGCGCCCUCUUCAACUCCGUGCAAAGCCUUACUCUCUUCUUCGCGGACAACUUCGGCUCCGCCUACAACAACGACGGCUCCGACGGCUCCGAUGACGAUGAUGAUGAUGAUGAUGAUGAGGAGGAGGAACACCCCACCCGCAUCUCCUACCUCGCCUUCCGCGGCGAGUGGAUGGCCCUCGGCCGCGCCCCUAUCAACAUCCUCUACGAGGCUGCCCCUAACCCUAGCGACCACAAGAUCAAGGGCACGAAGAUCAGCCGGGUUAGUGAUGAGCUUGGGGGCCGACAUGGAGGUGGGUAUUAAGGCUUUGGUGUUUUUCUUUUUUGUGGUGCAUCAGGUGUAUAUCUCCCUACCUACCUACUUUCUCAUUUACUUAGGUAGUAGUUAGGGGAAGGAAUGUGGCUCAUUGGCGGACAUGUGGUUGAUUGGCAAGAAAAGAGGCAAGAAAGAAAGAAAAAAGAUAAGGAAAAGGCCUUUUGAGUUUAACUGCGUACCCCUGGCAUCGGUGUUUUCAUCACGAUGAUUACCAUGAUCAUCAUCAGCAUCAGCAUCAUUAUCAGCACAGGUGUA